AUGGUUAACGCGCUGAUGUUCACCUGUCGUGCGUGAGUCAACAGAAACCAACACAACAGCCCGGAAGAAAGUCAGUGAGCGGACAGGGGAAAGGACAGUUGACCUAUUUAACAAAAGUAUAGUAACUUAUAAAAAUGUUGCAGUGAGAGAACUCAUUUUGGAAGUCGGACUGGGUGUUUUUGUGUGAACUCUAUAGGACAAAGGACUUUGGACGCGCCAAAGUAAAAGUUCAACUGGAGAUGGACCGCUACCGGUAUUUCAUAUUCAACCAGCGCAGUGUCGUCGUUCUGGGCAUCCUGCAGGUGGCAUGUGCGGCGCUGUGCUUGGUGUGCGGAUUCAUUGAUGCGUUUUUUCGGAAAAACACCACCCUCAGUGAAACUAGGGCACCUGUGUGGGCGGGUUUGAUUAUGGCCUGCCCAGGUGCGCUGGCGCUCUUUGCUUCCCAAAGGAAAAAUCCAGUAUUGGUGAAUGUAAUGAUCGCUGCCUCAGUGUGCUCCGGUGUUUCCGUGGUGAUGGUGUCAGGCUACGCCUGCCUAACGUUGACCUAUGGCGAAAAUGACAACGAGGUGUUCCACCAUCACAACAACCCUGAAGUGAGGUUUAUGCUGAGCCGGAUGGUGAAGGGGGCCAAUGCCACCAUACUGUUGGUCUGUGUCGUCAGCCUGGUCCUCUCCUCUCUCAUCGCCUUUGUAGGCUGUCGCAGUCUGCCCCUCUGUGGCUGCUACGAUGGCCUCACUGGCCUGGAGCUACUGGUCCCUCAGAAUGACCCCAGCACACAGACCGAGCUUGUGUGUACAUGGCAAGCAGGUAGCGAAGACAGUGUGUUAAACUCUCCAGUGAACUUCAGUGACAGAUGUCCUGAGGUAGAAGAGGCACCCUCCAAACUCCCCCCCUACAGCAGACUCACCUGAGAGGAAUCCUCUAGGGCAGUGGUUACCUAACCUUGUGAAAGGGGACUUCGGAGGGAAAAACCCCAUUUAGCACCUUUGGCAAUUACUCAUGUUUGAGUAAACCGAAUUAAAACCAGCAGACCCAGCUAUAGAGGAUUGUUAUGUUGUAGUGAGUAGCUAGCUAUAUUAUUGUCCACUAGCAUUUCACCAAACAGAGAACCAAGAGGAGGCAGAAUAACAGAUGCAAUAUACCAAACAUUUCAACCUGCCAUUUCCAAAUAGAUUGUCUACUGUUCUUCCACUUAUUACCCAUCUACUUGUAUGUGUAAAUCCCAAUGUAAUAUACACAUACUUAGUGUAAAUAUGCCUUUUUUAAUGAAUCUGCCAAAGUAUCAGCAUGGAAGUGCCUUGCACGGUAUCCCGUGACAGUUGAAAUGUACAUGGUCCUUCUGUGAGUCUGCUCACGUUUGGAUUGUUGCCCUGUUUUAUAGGUGUUUUUAUAUGCCAUGUUCUAUUCAACUAAAUAAAUCUUUUGAAAUAAUGUUUUA